AUGGCUUUCGUUUUUGAUUUCUAUAGAAAUGUGGUUGAUGAUACUAAAUCAUCUUUUAUUAACUCAGCUGUUACUUCAAGCUUUAAUUUAAUUACUGAAUCAGUUGGUAAUUUCUUUAUGGAUUGUCAUAAAUCAAUUAAAGAAACUAUUGAAAAUGUUCAAUAUCAAGUCAUUUACUCAAGUGUUACUUAUCUUCUUAAAUUUAUUUCUUUUAAUUCUUCAUUUAGAGAUAACGUGGCUUUAUUUAUCACUUCUGUUAUCAUUGGAUUAAGAAAUGGAACAUGGUUUGCUCUUAAAAACGGUUUUAUGGCUAUUUUAUUACAAAAAGUUUAUAAUAUUCUAGAUCCUAUGAUUAUUCUAUCAAAAUUAAUAAAAUAA